UUCAAAUUCACCGUUUCGCCGUUCGGACGUAGUUUGCCCGCUGCGGCUUGAAUUUUGCUGCCAACAAAAACGUUGGACCUUGUCGUGAAAAGUAAAUAAAACGAAGCGACUGAACCAAUCAUUUUGCUGGGGAUCUUGCCACUAUUGUUGCAUUUGGUCAGUCGCUAUUGAGUUCUUCAAAAGUUUUGGUUCUUAAACUCGUCCGGCCAAAAACACGGCGCGCUUGCUCCGCUCAGGUCCGCUCCGAUUCGCACUCGCAUUCGCAUUCGCCCCGCUCCGUUUCGAUCCAUAACGCUCGUCGACGGGCGCCCACUGCAAUUGUCGUUCGAAAGUGUCUCGCUCGGCCGAUCCAGCGGCGAUCCGAUCCGAUUCGAAACAAGUAACCAAAUCAACCAAAUUGAGACCAAAAGCGGUUCGAAAAAUGUAUAAAUAAACAAAGAGAAAACCGGCUCUUGAAUUUGCACAGGGCGACGAUCUCGCACGCAAUAUCGCCAUCGAGAGGCUCGUCCGACUGCAUUCUUGCCAUCACGUGCAGACCGAGCCACGCCCCUUCGCCGCCCCCUAGCCACUUUCAAGGCGAAAUUUGCACUGAGAAAAUAUCUGAGCCAAACCAGUUACAGGCACUUAACUGCAAUUGCAAACAAUUGCAUUCUAUAAAGCAACAGACGUAGAAGGAACGUGAGAAAAUGCUUCAGUUUUGGGAUAGGAACUGGGGCUGGACUCUACUGUUGUUCUCGGCCCUGCUCCUACUCUCGGUGGCAAGUUCGGAGGAAUGCGGUCAGGAGGAGUUCUCCAAGUGCGCCGAACCACUUGAUAUGCUGCGUUUAACGUCGAACUUCACGAUUGGCCCGGCCAAGCGGGAGGAAUUGGAGGAACUUUGUCAUGAGCUGCGCAAGGGAGUGAGGUGCAUCCAGAGCUACACCCGCCGUUGCAUGGAUCUGCAGCAGAGAAAUCAGUUCAACAAGCUCUACCAUGGAACCAACCAGCUCAUCAGGGAUCUGUGCAACAAGGGCAAGUUCCAGGAUGAGUACCUCAAGCACGUUCGUUGCUCCGCAAAGGCAAAAGACGAACUUGAGGUGUGCUCGAAUCGUUACAAGGAGACCAUGGUGUUCCUGAAGCCGAACAAAAAUCAGGAGAACUCUGAGAAUGGAACCCUCAAUGACAACAUUAAAACCAUUUGCUGCUCCAUCAAAGAACUUGUAGAUUGUUCAGAAAAUGCUGCCCGAAAGAUUUGCGGCGAUGAGGCCGCCAAGUUCACGCGCGAACUGGUCGACAAAUAUGCGAACAGCCUGACCAAGAUCUACUGCAUGGACUUCAACCGAAAACCGGGCAGCUGCCGGGACUACGAGGGCAAUGGCUCUAGUCGAUUAUGUCCGUGGAUGGGCAGUUUAAGCCUUCUUCUAGCAGGGACAUUACUCACACUGCUGGUCAGCAGAGGCAACAGAUAGAUGGAAGAACUGCAGCUAAGUGCAAAUAUCUAGAACCAGUCUUACCAAAACGGAAAUAUGCUCCGCAAAAGAGGAGAGAAGAAGCAGAAAUAGUUAAGGUUUCCCCCAUCACACCGAAAGAAUUCCACACGCUGUUGCAUAGUUUUGGCAAUCAGUUUAGGCCACACAAAUCCAUAGAAAAAUCCCUGAGAAAUCGAAGGAGUCAGCUAUAAAGUAAAGUACAUGUUAAGUAUGUUAUGUAUACCAGCAUGCAUAUAUAUAUAUAUAUAUAGUGGGGAUCGCAGAGGAGAGCAGUGUCAAGCAUCGCUAAGAUCGUAUAUAUACGGAUAUGUAUGUUACUAUAUAAAGGAUAUAGGCUAGCUAGUUAGAAUCAGUGUUGAGUGUGGCAGGCAGGUUAGUUGUUGUUGGCCUUACUUUCCAAUCGUCGUCGAUCGUGCAAUACUAGAGUUUCGUUGAGUUUGUUGCAGUUGUCCAGGCUUUAAUUGUAGGCAUAUUUUAGAUAAUACCCUUAAGUUUCACAAAUCGUUGUUAGCUGAGGUUAGAACGCGCCCCUACCCACCAUUGUUUUCGUUUAACACUGGCAAUACCAACAAAAAAUACUGAGCUGGAAGUAAGUAAGUGUCCCCAAAGGAUAAGGAAGUGCUGAAUCCGAAUUUGGCCAUAUCAGCCCAUCAACGUCUAUUAGGAACACAUACCCCCGCAUCCCAGUAUAUUUGCAUAUGUCAAUUUUUGUUACCCAGUGCAAUCAGACACGCACACACACCUCUAAGCGCACAAGAAAUAGUCCCUCGUGGACUUGCUCACAUAUCGGCAAUAACUUUACACAUACUAAAAGUGCAUUUCUAUGAAUGAGGAUUUUAUAAAUUAUUAUAAACUUAUUUAGUGGAUAGCGUAUAUUUAUUUAAAACACUGUAAAUACCUUUAAAAAUAUUCAAAUUCGGAAAUAUGCAUACAAAAAAAUAUUAGUUUUACUUAAAACACACACACACACACAAACCUACUUACAAAAACUGUGAAUAUAUAUUAUGAUUAAAGAGUAACAUUUAUUUUAAGUAAAACACACAUGCAUAUGCAAGGAAAAACAAUAAAAAACGAGAAAAUAAAUUAAAGCAAAAAAA